AAGAGGAGAUUCCGCUUCCGUUUUGAGGGGAGUCCUCCCGGCGCUACCGCCGCAGCUGCCCCGCGCGUCGAGAGGGGCCCGGAGCCUCCGGGAAGGCCAUAGAAAAGGCGGGGUAGAGCGGCUCGGUCUUUCCUUAGAUUUAUCUGCAUUGCCAGGGAGACGGGAGAGGCCGGGGUGGAGUCCUCUUCAAGACGGGACCAGGCCGAGGUUUUGCUGAGGAGCGAAGCCUCCAUCGACUCGGUUUCCCGCUUCCCCUCCCUAUUCCCUCUGCCUGACCAGGAAUCCACUGUGAUUUCAAACUCUAGGGGAAUCUUUGCUCCCGAAAAGCUUUCUCAAUUCCCACCCCCUUCUCUCAACCCGGGAGUGAUCUCUGACUUUCCUGUCUCUGUGACCUUUGAACCCAGCCCCUAACCCUUUCAGCUUUGGUUGAAGGGUGGCUGCUCCUCACUGUCGUUACUGUCAUUCUUAAAUCUCUUUUCCUCCCCUCAAGAAGGAUCACCGUUUUCCUUCCAGCAAGCCUCCCUUCCUUAUUCUAUCAUUUUAGACCCUCCUUCCUGACCUGUUGACCUCCCUUGAGAGACUAUUUGGAACCCAGUGGUCUUCCUUACCCACCCAGUUUGUCAAGAUUCUCCCAUUUUUAAAAGGAGAUUAUUGGCUAUGCCCCCUGGCUGGGGGAAGUGGGGAGGCUGAAACACCGAUCCUGGACCCCGGGGGCUCUGGUGGUGCCACUGCUGCUGAGCUGUCGGCCCACCCGAAGCCUUAACCAUCUGGGGCCUACUAGAAGAGAGGAAGCGGAGGGAUCUAUAAGAGAAGGCAUCCUGCUGCUAGGAACAUUCCAUUUCUCAGCUGUGGAAUACAAGAGAGUGAAGAAGAACAAGGAGGAGGUGCAUGGUGGAAAGGCUGCCAUGGCUGGGUGGCCUCAGAGGGAGUCUGCAGCAUGCUAGAGAGUGCGUUGGAGUGGCACAGGAACAACUAUAGUGGCCCCAAGAAGCAAGCUUGGUUCUGUUUCAAUUGGAUACAGGGGAUUAUCUGCAUUAAGGGGUCCCUUGGAUUUUGGUUGGCCCAGACCUCCACACCACCAACAUUAACUGGUCCCACUUCGGGGCAUUGCCAGCAGUCUUUGACAGGUGGGAGAGGGGAGUUUGCUCUCCAUCUGAGACACCGCCAACAUGUCGACCUCUUCGCUGCGCCGCCAGAUGAAAAAUAUCGUCCACAAUUACUCGGAAGCAGAGAUCAAAGUGCGAGAAGCCACAUCAAAUGACCCAUGGGGUCCCUCUAGCUCUUUAAUGUCUGAAAUUGCUGACCUCACCUACAAUGUGGUAGCCUUUUCCGAAAUCAUGAGCAUGAUCUGGAAGCGUCUCAAUGACCAUGGCAAAAAUUGGCGUCAUGUCUAUAAGGCCAUGACGCUGAUGGAAUAUCUGAUCAAGACGGGCUCGGAGAGGGUAGCGCAGCAGUGUAAGGAGAACAUUUAUGCCAUCCAGACAUUAAAGGAUUUCCAGUAUGUGGAUCGUGAUGGCAAAGACCAGGGGGUCAAUGUGCGGGAGAAGGCUAAGCAGCUGGUGGCCCUGCUCAAAGACGAUGAGCGUCUAAAGGAGGAGCGGGCCCAUGCUCUCAAAACCAAGGAGAAACUGGCCCAGACUGCAACUGCUUCUUCAGCCUCUUCAUCUUUGGCCAAUGCCCCAGUGGAAGCAGAGCAGGCUUGGCCCCAGAGCAGUGGGGAGGAGGAGCUGCAGUUACAGCUGGCGCUGGCCAUGAGCAAAGAGGAAGCGGAGCAGGUAAGCACCAAGCCCCCUGCAGCCGCCGCCGAUGAAGACCUACAGCUCCAGCUAGCCCUUAGCUUGAGCAAAGAGGAACACGACAAGGAGGAGCGGAUCCGACGCGGAGAUGACCUACGGCUCCAGAUGGCCAUUGAGGAGAGCAAAAAGGAGACCGUGCCUGCCAAGGAGGAGUCAUCCCUGAUGGAUCUUGCUGACGUCUUCACUGCCCCAGCAGCCUCUGACCCUUGGGGCACUUCUCCUGCUCCUGCCAAUCCUUGGGGUGGCCCUGCCCCAGUUGUAUCCGCAGCUCCCACUGACCCCUGGGGACCAGGCACUACUGGAGUGGCUUCCACAGGAGAUCCCUGGGGCAGCACCACAGCACCUCCUGCAGCCCCCCCAGAUCCAUGGGGAGGCACUUCAGCUCCAAGCACUGACCCAUGGAAACAUGAAGGCGGGGGUUCUACUGGGCCCACAGCAGCACCAUCCACAGACCCAUGGUCCUCUGGUCCAGCUCCAGCACCCCAAGGGAAAACGGCACCAGAUCCCUGGGCUCCAGCCUCAACUUUUUCAGAUCCGUGGGGCGGUUCUCCUUCAAAACCUAGCACCAACGGCACGGCAGCUGGUGGAGGCUUUGAGCAGUUUGGAGGCCCCGGGGACGGGGACGAAUUCUCGGAUUUCGACAGCCUGCGCCCAGCACUGCCCAAAUCUGGGAGCAGCACAGGUGAGCUGUCACUCUUAGCCGGUGAGGUGCCUGUUUCCCGGACCAGUGGUGGCACUGACAGCCCCAACGCUUUUGACAUGGCCGCCAUGAGUGGGUCACUGCCUGAGACCUCCAAGCCAACACGCAAGACCCCAGAGUCCUUCCUGGGUCCCAACGCUGCCCUGGUCGAUCUGGACUCAUUGGUCAGCAAGCCUACUGGCCUCUCAAGCAGCACAAAGGCCUCCAAUCCCUUCCUGCCAUCUGGUUCAGCUGCAGCCUCCACCCCAUCUGCCUCGACCACAAACCCAUUCCAGGCAACGGCCGCCAAUCCACUUUCACUCAACCAACUCCGUGUCAGUCCAGUCCUUCCUCUCUCCCAGCCAGCCCCCGCUGCUGCCUUCCCCGCCGCACCCCCGAUGGUCUCCGUCUCCCCUAUGGCCCCUGGAAUGCCCUUAGCGACUGUUUCCCCAAUUGUGGGGGUACAGCCUUUAGGGGUCGUUCCGCCCAUGGGGCUCCCAGCCAUGGGUCUCCCCCCUCAGAGUCUGGGUCCAGCCGGUGUGGUUCCCAGCAGCUCCGCUUCCACGAUGGGAAGCACCAACCCUUUCUUGCUAUAAUCUGGUGGGAAACUUUUAUCCCUGUGGCAACGACCCUCUACACCAUUCUCUUCACCACCCCCAUAUUCCCAAUCUGCAGUGGGGCCCCCUAAGAUUCUGCUCAAAAAUCAGGGCAGCUGGGUUUAGGUUGCAGGGGGAUGGAUGGAAGGGGGAGAGACUUAAGUCCUUUAUAGCAGGUUCUACUACCCCCAUGUUGGGAGUAGGAGAGCCUUUCCCCCUUUUAGUUUUGGGGUGGGCGAGACAUGAAGAGGUUCCCUUCUCUUGUGUGGUUCUCCAGGCUAGCUGGGAGGUUCCAUUUUGGCCACUGAAGCAGGCCGCCACCCUUGCUCACUUUUGCUCAUCAGAGUGAAGCUUGAGAGGGGAGACCUGAGAAGCAAAACAAGGGGUGUGGGGAGGGGGGGGCAGAGUGUUCUUUAAAAACUUUUGUCACCCUCUCUCAAAUUUAUCCCAAUAGUUGUCCCAUUUUGGAAGGAAUGGCUGAUUCGGAAUGUUUUUUGGCCUCAUCCAUUCUUAUGGUGCAUAAUUCACACUCCAACUCCUAUGGAAGGGGAUCUGAUAAAGAAGUGGCCAAAGUCUUGCCUCUAGGCCCUUCCAUGCAGUGUUCACUUGUGGGGUGGGGAAGGGUGGGGUGGGGGACACAGACCUUUAAAUUAUGACACACACCCCAAUUCCCUGCCCAUUCCCUUCCAGAUAUUAGUUACCUUUCUCCAUCCACCUAUCUUCUCAUAGCCAGGACCAAGCUUUUUUUUUUUUUACUUUGGGAGGUGGGGGAUUGAAAUAGGGUUGGGUAGACACUGAUGUAGCCCAUCACUACAUUUGGAACAGCUGAGACACUGGGAAUCAUGGACUCUUCCAUCCUUCAGGCCAAGGAGGAUACCACCAAUCUAUGGUCAAAGACCAAAGCUGGUAUUUAAAAAAAGAGGAACUAGGCCGUUCUAUAGGGGGGUGGGGGGGUGGGAGAGGGGUGCGCCCAGCAAUCUGCUGCCUGCAAUGUGAUGAUCCGAGGAGGAACCGCUCUUUGCGAGCAGCCUGGAAUCCCGUUAGUGUGUCAUCACACCUGUGGCAGGGGGGAAGCUUUGAAGCAAGAGACGAUGCAGCCAAGUUGUGAAGGUCGGGACUGGAGCGCUCCAGUGGAUCCAUGCUCUGUGGUUCUUGAAAUGUCUCAAAAGGCAGAACUUGGUGGAGGAGAAAACUUGUUGCAGGGUUUGGAGUGCCCAGCCUGCUUCUCAGAGGGGUGGAAAGAGCCAACAUGUUUGUGGAUUUCAGAAGACCGGAGACCCUAAAGCUCUCCCUUCUCUGAACUCUGGACAGGCCAGGCUAAAGGACUCUCAUGGGGCAAGUAGAGAAGGCAGAGACCCCGAGAAAAAGGAAGUGUACAGGUUGUCUUCCCACCUCACUGUUUCUCACCUUCAGUGUGCACUGCUUGAAAAAGGGGGAAACGAGUCAUCUCUGCAGAGACACCAAGGAGCACUCUUCACCUAGGUGGUGAUCCCACACAGUCCAUGCCGUCAACUUCCCACACAUCAUGAGCUGCUUUUCCCGCCCCCCAACAUUGCAACCUCCUCCUCUACAUCUCCUGUGCUCUGAAACUGCCCAGAAGGACUGCUCUAUUUGAUGCGACAGGGAAAGCCCCGACUGCCCUCCUUGAAGAAGCACAAGGCAGAGAAGCCUCACUUUCUUCUCAAGACUGGCUUAAAAAGGGAGGGGCUUGAGUGGGGGGGGGGAAUGGAGCUGCUUUUACCCCUUCAGCAGCAGCAGCAGCAGCUUGUGGGGCAGGGGAGGGUCAAAGGCUGUGUGUGUGUUUGUGUGUGCGUGUGUGCACCUGUGCGUAUGUGUUGCUGCUGUGGUUGUCAGUGCCUGUUGUAUGCUACAGGGGGUGCUCGUUUGCACCCAGGACAAUCUGCAAAAUCCAUCAUCUCUUCUCGCUCCCCCUUGAUUCCCCGCCCCAAUAAUGAUUUCUUAAUGUUGUGUUUCCUCCAUCCCCCUGCCCCCCAAAGUCAAUCACGCCAGGGGAGGGGGGUAUUUUUCUCCACACACCGGUAUAUUUGAAGAAUCAUUGUGUCAUUGUUUUAGGGGUGGAGGAGAAUGAUUUGGGCUGUGUGUGACCCUCCCUGCUGGCUCUUGUCUCUCCCUUUCCAAUCCCCAACCUGUAUGCAUCAGGAAAAUGCUAUUAAAUGAAUUGAAAUAAAUGGAAAUUCUCUGGCA